CGGUGCGGAAAGAUUCCCGCAGUUGGAAGUAAGUUCAAUUGAAGAACUGCGAAAUAUUGCAAAAAGUAUAAAUACUAAGAGAAACACAAUCUUUUGGCUUGCGGUUUUUAAAUCCUGGGCAAAGGAGCGAGGUUAAUUUUUCUGAGGCCAUUAAAAUGUACGAGGCGUACGACUUAGACAAAAUAUCUAAAGAAAUCAUUUUAUGUGAAUUAUUAACAAGUAAUAGCAUGGCUUCUAGUGAAAUUUGGAUAAACUUGCACUCGUGAGUUUUUCAAAGACCUCAAAUAGCACUCGUGCUUCGGACUCGUGCUAUUUUGAGGUCUUUGAAAAACUCACUCAUGCAUGUUAUAUCCAAAUUGCACUCGAAACCAUGCUAUUAAAGUACCGCUGCUAAACACCUUGCAUAUCAUAUUUUUCAGGUCGGUCGACUUGUAAGAUUCAUUGGAUUGGUAAAAAAGGUUGUUACACAACUAUAUACAUCUCUGAAGUUUGUUACUUCUGGAGCUCUCCUUGUUAUGUUUUGGGUGAAAAUUAGUCAAGCAACAGCGAAAGGGGACCUUCAAAAAUUUUCACCUUGGAUGGUUGUGGCUGUAACAGCUCUUGGUGCAGCUGUGAUUACGUCAUUUCUUGUUUUUACCUUCAUAUUUGCUUCUCUACUACGGCUACCUAAGAAGUCAAAACUGGCUGUUACAGUACUUUCAUCGGCAAGAAAUUCUAGCAUAGCAAUUACUGUUAUUGAGAAUUUACCAGACAGUGUUGGGGACAAAGAUCUUAUGUUUUUCCCCAUAGUAUUUGUAUAUUUAGCUAUGGUUGUUAUUAUCAAUAGUUUUGGUUAUUUUAUGACAAUCAAGAAAGAUGAAAAUGACAUUGAAGACAAACCACUAAAUAAUAAUCGAGAAAAUAAACUCACGAAAGACAAUCGUCACAUUUUGCUGUUGCUGAAGCCUUCGCAGUCAAAAUCUGUUGAUAGUGCAGACAAACAGAUUUUAGUUGAAAAUCCGUUGGAACAGAUAACAUCACAUGACAUACAAAGUACAGUGGACCACAUCACGUCACGAACAGUACAGUGGUGUACGGCUGUGUAA